AUGCAGAGUGAUACGAAUAAAGAGUUGAGUAAAAGACGUCACGCGUCCGGAAGUCGUCAGUUGUCUACCAUUAGCGAUGGCUUUGAUCCGCUGGAUCUGUUGUCAAUGAUGGGCAUCGACCGCACCAGCGAUGGUCAGGACGUGUCGUUCAGCGAUCUGCUCAACAGCUCGACCUCAACGGCCACUCAGAAGCGCAUGAAGACCGCCGGCCCCCACCCCACCCUCAGCGAGAGUCAGGCCUACAAUCACGCGCUCAUAACGCGUGUCAUUUCGGUCGACUCCGGUGUGAAAGCCAUUCAAUGUCUUCAGAAUCAGAUCAAUAUUCCGCAGACUUUGCACAACACGGCUGUCGGUCUCGACGCCGACGAAGAGAAGCGCAAUAUUCUGCACCAAAUCUAUGCCCAUCACAACAUCCUAUACCACCCCAACCUCCUGGACGACCCGGAGCUCAUCGCCGGCAAACACAGCACUCUAUUAGCCUUUCCCUCAUUUGUGACCUCAAUUAUAGAUUACGUUAAGCCGACGGACCUUAAGAAGGAGUUGAACGACAAAUUCAAGGAAAGGUUUCCUUACAUUCAGUUAACGUUAAGUAAAUUACGGUCUUUGAAGAAAGAGAUGUCCAAAAUAGCCAGACAUGAGUGCGGAAUCGAUUUCCUGACGAUCGCUCAGUCGUACGUCUACUUCGAGAAACUGAUACUCAAGUCGUUGAUCAGUAAA